AUGAAUGUCCUUAAAAUUGCUAAAAAUGCUAAACUACCAAUAAUUAAAAUAUAUGCAUUAAAUGUUCUUCUAUUACAUAAAUAAUUUAAAUUGAUAACAAUUGUUUAGAAUGCCAGAAUAUUUAUUACCAAAAUAUGCCGAUAUAUAAUCAAUAGAUUUCCUAAUUUAAAAGGGUUGCUAAUUACAAAAUAAUAGAGACGAAAGAAAAUUGAAGAAAGAUGGGCAAAAGUAAAAGAAUUUCUCUUUCGAAAAGCUGAAAGGAUUUUAAUAGUGAAAAGGUAAUAAAAACAUUUAUAUUUAGAUAUACACCCACUAAUAAAACAGAAAAUUACUAUUUGAAACAAUAAGGUAUUUCUAGUCCUAGCCCUAUUAAUUCAUAUAGAAUUGAUGCUAUUAAAGAGGAUAUGAUUGAUUCUUAAUUAAAGAGUUCUACACGAAGAAAAUAAAAUAUUAUAUUUAAAAUAUCUAAAUUAUUGAGACUGCAAAUUAACCAAGGAAUUAAGAAGAUUAAACUUAACGAGAGAAAUUUUAAGUUAAAGAAGAAUCAUCAAAUCCACAGAAUGUCUGUCUUAGUUUCAAUCCAAUAUCUAUGA